ACAUGUCACCCCCUAGGGUUUAACGGUACCGCAGUUCUCGUUGAUUUAACGAGCGAGCAUGCUAUGUCGGUAGGAUGUAAACAUUGUCAUUGUGUUGGGAGAGGGGAAUGGCCGGUAGCAGUGGACACGUGUGUCGGUCGGCUGGACAUGUACCUGGCAUACUGGAUACCUACCAAGUGACACCAUGACGGAAUAUAUCGGCAAGGACGAACAGACCCUGCGUUCUCUUUUGGAUGCUUGUACUAGUUUUGAAGAGAGGAGAAAGAUACGAGCUGCCAUUCGCCAGCUGAAAGAUGGGGCAGUGAAAUCUCACAGUUUCUCUGUCAAACCAUUUGUCUCAAGUGCAUUAGACAAUAAGGAUGCAGGGACUGGUGUAGCUCGACCCAGUCUAGGUCUUCACAGGACAUCCAGUGACAACUUCAACAGCAUUUCCCAACGCAGGAGCUACCACUGCGGUACAUCUUCAAGUGAUGGCACAACUAGGUCCAGCAGUGGGGAUUCCUGGACACCAUCAGGGGAUAGCAAUAGAGUGCCCAGGCACAGUGGACACUUAUCAAGCUCAGAGGGGAGAAACGGUGUGGAUAGAUACAGUUCUAGGUAUUCCUCUGGAGGCACAACAGACACUAGAACAGAGGUAUUGCCGCCGAGGAGUUUUCAUUCAUCUACCUCAAAUAGCAACAGCAAUCCAAAUUCCAGAUCAUAUGCUGCAUCCUCUGCAGAUGGUAACAGUGUAACUCAACUGAGGAGCUCACAUCUCUCUACAUCUGCCAGCAUCUUGUGUCCAAGCAGUGUAGUCUCUGUCGGGCCAUCCACAGACUGUGUAUCUAGUCACACCUCCAGGGUGGAGUCGCACCAUCCAAUCAUCAAAGCAGGACAUGACAAACAUAGUAAUGCCAGCAGAAUUCUCGUUCAUAUUCGAGAGUCAUUAAACUCUGUGGUGUUAAGAAAAAAUGUUUUAAAUAUCCAUUCAACUCCACCACAGACCUCGAGCAGUGUUAACUUCAGGAACGGUGUUUCCAAUGCCCUCACCGACCUUGCAUCAGAGGGGUUGGCAACUCCUCUCCAGGAGGUGAGCAGUGCUUGUGUGAGCAGUGCCAGGUCAGUGUCACUCAGCUCUGAUGAUCUCACCAGAAGCAGUGACAACAUCCCUCGAUGGCGCAGUGCCUCCUACACCUCUAUACCGGGGGCAGAUAACAACAUAAAACAGAAGACCGCUGCAAGUGCUUUGGUGAUAAAUGACUCUGUUAUAGAAAACUGCAAAUCUGAGGAAUACCUGCAAUACCUGCUAUUGAGAUCCUCAGAAUUUGUAGAAAGACGAAAACUUAGAACCAGGAUAAGAGAACUACGUGAAAACAGAGAAGACAAGGACCUUGUUGAGAAAGGUGAUUUGAAGAAGAGCAACUCCGAUGACAGCAAAGUUAAACAUAGUAGCCGUGGCCUUACUCCAAGGGGAACAACCCUUACUCAUGUACAGAGGGACAACCCUGCUGGUGGAGGCACACUACAGCUGGAUUAUGACAAGAUAGAAACACUGGAGGAAUUCAAAACAUUGCUUGCUGUCACAGAAGACUAUGAAGAGAAGAGGAAAAUCAGGAAUUCUAUGCGUCAGCUUCGAAGACGAUUGGAUUUAGAGAAAGUCAAGUUGUCUGCUGGAAAUAGGUUGUCGAAGGCCGAGAGCAGCCUGCGGCGCCAGUCAGAGGACAUCACACUGCACAGACCUCAGUUUGUGAGCCAGACAGACUCCAGAAGACUCUCAGAGGAUGGAACCAGCACCAAGGUCAAUACUGGCCUGGAUAAGAGAGAGGACAGCACACUGAAACACUUUGACCUGAGACAGACUGAUUCUGACUCCAUAGUCAGAUUAAACUACCCAACAGUUGAGAUCCAAUUCUCUACUGAACAGCUGAAACAAACGGUGACAACUAGUGAGGGCGGUAGGGCAGGAAACAAAGUGGGACCUUGCACAGACAGGGCUGACAAGGCAGGGACAUCCUCUUCUACAAGUGUGCCCAAGAAGGCAGAGGCAGGAGCUGGAGCUGGGGUGGAGGAAGAAGACUUUCUCUCCAAGAUUAAAGCUAGGCUUAGUAGUCGAGAGAAAGGUCAAGGUGGACAAAGUCAAUCAAUAACCCGAGGGUCACAGAAAAGCAAAGACAGUGGAGGGAAUACUGACAAGAGAAAUACAGCUAGCUCCAAACCUGGACCCUCCCCACCACAUGUUAAGGACAGGAAAGGUAACCUUAGUAAAACAGCAGAUGUGCCAGCAAACACCAGGAAGGUUGUUUUAACGGGCAAAGGCAAAUUGUUGACACCUUCAAGCUCUGGACAGUCAGAACCUUUUGUUUCAAAGAAAGGCAAAAGUCAACCAUUGAAAACUGAUAACUAUAAUCUAAUCAUUGACAGUAGAAGGGAAUCUACAUUGAAAUCAAAUUUGACUGUGAAACUUAACUCUGGGGCAACAAGAGGUUCAGAUGCAAAGGACAAAGUUCGUGUCAGCAAGGGAAUAGAUUCUAAGAAAAGAGUCCUGCCAGAUGUUGACAAACUCAAGUUCAAGGCUGGAGGCUUUGCAGUGAAGAAAACGACCGACAGUGAGAAAAGAACUGUGUUUGAUAGGCUCUCCCAGGGUAAAGAGAGCCCUAAUGCUGUACCCAGUAAACACAAAGGUAAUGUUGAGUUGAACCUGUCUGCUGUUUCCCCUGUUACAUCUGUGUCUGUGAAGACCAUAGUAACUGAAAGUAGUUCUCUAGUGCCUAAAGACCACACACCAGAGACUCCAACAGUCAGCAGCAACAGCAGCACUACGCUCUUGCCAACUACAGCAUCAGCCACUUCCAAUCAGAAGGAUUCGAGCAGAGAUCACAAGUUCAGUGACUCUACAGAUCAAUGUGCCAAACGGACCGGUGACUCAAACAACACUGAGUGUUUUGUGGUGAAAUCAGACAAAUGUACAGACAAGUAUGUGUUUAAGGUUGACCUGAAGCCUAAAUCAAAAGGUCUGAGUCGGUCCCAUAGUGAUGUUCUUCCCCAAACUCGAAGCUGGUUUAAGAAAACUGGUCAGGUAGAAUGCAAUCCUUUGAAAAGUUUUGAGAAUCGGUCUGAUAUUGAAAAAGCCUUCAUGGAUAUGCUAGAUGAUAUUGACCAUGUUAGUACAGCAUCUGAUACUAAACUGUCUGAUCUAGAAAUCAGUGAUGAUGACCUUGACCAAGUUACCAGCAAGACUAGCAUACAGACAAUUGCUGAGAGUACUGACAAUGAUAGAGAUAUGACUAUGGAUACUAUUGUUGCUGGUGUCAACCAACAUGUGGAGCAGAGUAAAUCAUGGAUAUUGUUGCGUAAUGUGAAGGAAGACCUAAGUGCAAUAAAGUUCAUAGAUGAGAAUGACAACAGUGAGGUGCUCGGGAAUGUUGAUGGAGGGCAACAUGGACAAAUGACCAGUGGCCAGCCUGCCACUUUAGGUGUGGAAAGUAGGCCGAGCACCAUAGAGGAGGUGGCCUCGUGUCCUGAAGAAAACAACAAUGUCCAGGAGAAGUUGACUAUUCGUGAUGUAGAAUCUGAUGUGAUGGACAAUUUUGCUGGAGUUGUGGAUACUGCUGGUGUGCCCAGUGGGUCAGACAGCAUAGAGAGGGAGACAUCCAGUGGCCACAGUGACAACACUGUGUCUGCCCACAGUGACAGUGCAAUAACAUACCAAGAGGAUGAUGAUGGCACAGUGACGGUCCAGCAGGUGACUCAGGAUGACCAUCAGGAUAGGGUAGUGACUGUCCGGUCCAAGAUUUUCCGUACUCCCAGCAAUGCCCAGGCUGAGGAGCGGGACACUGUUGUAGAGACGUUGUUCACAUCGCCCGGUGGAACACAACUGCAAGAGCGUGAUGUCAUCAAGACCAAGAAGAGGCUGACAUCUCGAGGUUCCAACUACUUCCAACGCAGUGUGCAAGUCACAAGACGGGUUCGGGACACAGCAGGUGGGGAGGUCGUGGAGCAGGAUAACUGUGUGGAGUCCGACAGCAAGUCAGUGUCCAAGGGGCAGUCGUGGGGAGACAGAGUCAUCACCAAGGUCACCCUAGACAAGCCGAAUCAACAGCAGCCCAUGAUACAAGAGGCAGCAGAUGCACCUAAGAAAUCCCAUGCUACCCUGGUGCUGAGCAAGCUGAAUGUGUCCAAGGCCAGCAGCGGGUAUGGGAGUGUGUCCGGGUCAGAGGAGGAUGACCGUGAGGAGAUCAUAGACAUCCAUCAGACAAGACCAAAAGGUUGUCCGGAGAUCACCGUCCCCGUGAAGGACGUGGAUGUGAGGGAGGGGGAUGACGUGGUGCUGGAGUGUGCUGCCACAGCCGACCCUGCACCCGCGGUCACCUGGUAUCUGGGGUAUCAGCAGAUAGAUGCAGAUGAUAAUCGGUAUCAUACACACUUUGUUGAAGCCAGUGGCAAGGCCACCCUCACCAUCUGCUGUGCCGAAAACAUGGACAGUGGUCAGUUUCGCUGUGUGUUCACCAAUCAGUAUGGAGAGGCAGAGACCAAGAACUCAGUUACAGUCAAGAAGAAACCUGAGAAAGUCCCAGUGUUUUCAUUGGGUCUGCAUGAUGAGACGGUGAUAGAGGGGCACUCCAUCACCUUGACCUGUACAGUGGCAGAUGCUGAGACCAUUGGUUGGUACAAGGAUGGGUUUGUCCAACGCAACUCCUCAGACUUCAAGCAGAGCUAUGAUGGAGAUGUUGCCCGUCUCGAGAUUGGAGAAGUCUUUCUGGAUGAUGUUGGGGAAUAUGCCUGUGUUGCUCGCAAUGAGUUGGGGGAGGAUCGCACGGCAUGCCAAAUAACUGUGACAGCCUGUGACACGGAGACGUCCGUUGUGCCCAUGUUCCUCACCAAGUUCACCAAGUCUGUCAUCAAGGUCGGGGACAAGCUCCUCCUGGAGUGUGAUAUUAUUGGGUCACCAGAACCAGGGAUCAACUGGACCAAAGAUGGCCGUCCUCUGCGGGAGGACUGCCCAUAUAACGAAAUGUACGACGGACGUACAGCAAAACUUGAAAUAGAGGAUGUCACAACCGAUGAUUCAGGGAAAUAUGAAUGUAUUGCUGUUAAUGAAGCUGGUCGAGUGUCUCUUGAUGCCAGUGUCACAGUGCAGGUAAAGAACAAGUCUCCAUCUGUGACGGUUCCACUGUGUGAUGUGGACAUUAAGGCAGGUGAGAGUGCCAUCUUGACUUGUCACAUCUCAGGCUUUCCACAGCCAAGCGUCCUAUGGAGGAAGAAUGGAAUGUUGAUUGGGCACACCAAGGACUUUAAACAGAUGUAUGAUGGCAGGAUAGUGAAACUGGAGAUCUAUGGAGUGUGUUUCCAGGACAGUGGGCAGUAUGAAUGUGUCGCACGCAAUGGACUGGGAGAGACUUCAACCACAUGUCUACUCACAGUGAAAGAUACAUCAGCCCCACAAGAAUCAAUGUUGCCACCAUCCUCCAACAUGUCCAGUUCACCGAUCACAAGAUCUACAACGCCACCACAAACCAUCAUUGGUCUAGCCUUGUCUCGUCCUGCCUCACAGCGGAGUAGUCAUGGACCUCUACACCUGUCUUCUCCCACCAGCCCUACAGCUUCACAGAACAUCAGCAGCAGUUCUGUGGGACAGGCAACUUCCCAUACAUCUACCAAGGUAGUGUCACCCUUGGUCUCUCCAUCUACUGCAUUGCCCACCCACAUUAUUGGGAAGGCUCUGACAAGGUCCGCUUCCAUGACCAUCACUACUGUAGCCUCUUCUGCAACCUCUCCAUCAGCUCCAUUACCAGCAGAUGUUAUUGGGAGUGCUGAAACGUUGUCAUCUUCCAAGAUGUCUACAAGUUUAGUCACUUCUCAAGAAUGCAAGGCUUCUGCUUCUUUCACAAGAUCAGCCUCCCAGAGAUCUAUCACGGUAAUCUCUUCUCCAGAAUCUUCUCCCACCACUCCAUUGUCAUCUCAUGUCCUUGGUAAAGCCAUUACAAGGUCAGCCUCGCAGAGAGUCACAUCAUCCUCUCAGAGCAGCUCAUCACCACCACAGAGCAUUAUUGGAAAAGCACUAGAAACUUUAGCUGCCAAGUCACCUUCAUCACAUCAGAAUGUAAGCAGAUCAUUGUCCUCGCCAACCAAUACUCAAAUAGAAAUAUUAACAAAGCCACUAACUGGCACUGUUGGUGAUCCUCCACGGAUAAUAAGAAACAUUCCAAGUACUGAAUCCAUCUCUGUUCCUGCAAGGUCCAAGCCUCUCAAUACCAUUGGUAAAUUCCUUGCACUGUCCGCAGCUAAGGACUUGGGUCCAUCAUUCCCCAUCAGGACUACACUAGAUAGUCCCACAGAAAGAAGCCCCAGCCCAGUCACACCAACACAGCACCAGGAGAGCAGUAACCUCAAGAAAGCUCAGACACAGACACAGACACAGACACUACAACUGUCCAAAGUGCAGCAAUUACGUUUGCAGUUCUUAGGCGAGGCCAACCAAACCAAACAGAAUAAAGUCAGUAGUGCACCAAUCAGAAGAUGGCAUUCUCUUCCUCCACAAGACCUCAAGCCAAUCAUUGUCAAGGUCAGUCUGUUUUCGUCUCAGUCCUUAGUAUAA